CCCAUCUCAAUUACAUACAAACAAAACUAUCUAACAUGGAAAAAUUUAUGAAACUCUUUGUUGUAACUCUUUAUGUAUUUGUGAGUGUGAGUAAUGUGUCUCUGGCAAGAACAGAGAAGAGUGACAAUAAGAAGACUACUUACAUUGUUCAUGUAGCCAAAUCCACAAUGCCAACAUGCUUCAACCACCAUUCAUUCUGGUACAAAUCAAUGCUGAAGUCGGUAUCUGAGACAGCUGAAGUACUCUACACCUAUGAUAAGGCAAUAAAUGGAUUCUCCACAAGUUUGACUGUUGAAGAAUUUCAGUUACUAAAGAGAAAAUCUGGGAUUCUAAAGGUGACACCAGAUAAAAUGUACAAACUUCACACAACUAGAACACCAGAGUUUCUCGGGCUUGAUAAAGUUGCUAGUUUGUUCCCCAUAUCAAACAAAAGUAGUGAUGUAAUAGUGGGACUCCUAGACACAGGUGUUUGGCCCGAAAGCAAGAGCUUUGAUGAUACUGGAUUCGGGCCAAUCCCGCGUAAUUGGAAAGGAAAAUGUGAAACAGGUACAAAUUUUACAGCAUGUAAUUGUAAUAAGAAAUUGAUUGGUGCCAGAUUCUUUCCAAAGGGCUUCGAGGAGUUGGUGGGUCCAAUUAAUGAAAACAUCCAGUCUAGAUCGCCUCGAGACGAUAUAGGCCACGGAACCCACACCGCGAGCACAGUUGCAGGAUCUGCGGUGGAAAGCGUAAGUCUUUUUGGCUAUGCCAAUGGGACUGCACGUGGGAUGGCAAUUGGUGCUAGAGUUGCUAUGUAUAAGGUUUGUUGGAAAGAUUUUUGUAGCAAUGCUGAUAUAUUGGCAGGAAUAGACCAGGCCAUUGCUGACAACGUCAAUAUUCUUUCAUUGUCGAUUGGAGGUCUAACACGUGAUUAUAAGGAUGUCAUCGCAAUUGGAGCCUUUGCAGCCACAGAACAUGGCAUUCUAGUCUCGUGCUCAGCAGGAAAUUCUGGUCCAACUCCUUUUAGGGUAACUAAUGUAGCACCCUGGAUUACCACCGUGGGAGCUGGAACACUCGAUCGAAAUUUCCCUGCAUACGUCAGUUUAGGAAAUGGAAAAAAUUAUUCAGGCGUGACCCUUUACAAAGGCAAUUCUCUGCCCGAUACUCUUGUACCAUUCAUAUAUGCAGGAAAUGCAAGCAAACAUGAUGAAAAAGAUGCUGCGAGAUGUCUUCCAAGUAGCUUGGCUCCGGAAAAAGUAGCAGGGAAGAUUGUGUUGUGUGAUCGUGGAUAUCUUGAUAAGGUAACCAAAGGAAAUACAGUGAAAUCUGCUGGUGGUUUGGGCAUGGUGUUAGCUAACACUAAGCAAGAUGGAGAAAUACCAUGGGCCGAUGCUCAUGUUUUGCCAGCAACUUCUGUUAGCUUCACAGAUGGUGAAGCUAUCAAGAAUUACUUGUUUUCUGAUCCAAAGCCGACGAGUACAAUUGUGUUUCAGGGAACAAAGCUAAAGGUUGAGCCAUCUCCUGUUGUUGCAGAUUUCAGCUCACGAGGCCCGAAUUAUAUAACCCCUCAAAUACUAAAACCUGAUCUCAUUGCUCCUGGUGUUAACGUAUUAGCCGCUUUUUCAAAAAAUGCGAGUCCCACUACCUGGGAUUCUGAUCCAAGACGCGUAGAUUUCAACAUUUUAUCAGGCACAUCCAUGUCAUGCCCUCACGUAAGUGGAAUAGCAGCUCUAAUCAAGUUCAUUCAUCCAGAUUGGAGCCCAGCCGUCAUUCGAUCCGCGUUGAUGACAACCGCUUACACAACUUACAAAAACAAUCAGACGUUAUUAGACAGCGCCACCAACAAACCAGCUACUCCAUUUGAUUUUGGUGCUGGACAUGUUGAUCCCGUUUCCGCGCUAAAUCCUGGCCUUGUCUAUGAUUUAACAACAGAUGACUAUUUGAGUUUCCUCUGUGCAUCGAACUACUCCCCUGUUGAUAUCGAAAUUGUGGCGAGGAGAAAGUACACAUGCGAUCCAAAGAAACAAUACAGUGUAACAGAACUUAAUUAUCCUUCAUUCGCUGUGGUCUUUGAGGGAGGAAAUAAUGAGAUUAAGCACAGUCGGACUCUUACCAAUGUGGGUGCAGCAGGAACAUACAAGGUAUCAGUUAAGUCAGAUGUUCCAUCUGUCAAAAUCUCGGUUGAACCAGAAGUGUUAAGUUUUAAGGAAAAUGAGAAAAAAUCAUACAUUGUUACAUUUACUACAUCAACUUCGGAACAAAAUAUUACUCAAAGUUUUGGAAGUUUAGAAUGGUUUGAUGGAAAAAUUGUUGUUAGAAGUCCUAUAGCAUUUAGGUGGAAAAUACAGUAAAAGCUUUAUGUUUUGUGGUUAUGAUUAUAUAAUAAUAUAAUAAAACAUUAUGUUUGUAUA